UGCAUUUAGCGGUGCAGCCGGUUUGGUAGGUUGGUUUGGCAGCUAACUAGCUAACAAGCUAGCUAACCAGCUAGCUAGCUAGCUAGUUAGACACACCGCUAGCGUAGGCCUCGAUCUUUGUUUUUGAUCAAGCAUGGUCUCGGCGGGCUGAUUCGCUCGUGGAACGUUGGGUUUCCCCUCUGACUCGUGUCCUUUCACCCUCGUAAAACAUAGAGACCGGGAAGAGAGCGAAUUAUGUCGCUUCUUAGCUAGCUUGUGGUGUCAGCUUCCGCAAUAAACAACUUGCAGCAUAUGCAAAAAAGACGCUAUGCAGUUAUCUUCAAGUCCUCCAACAACGACAGCUGAUCGUGUGUAUUUCCGAGGGAGAUUUUUCCUGCAGAUCUAUUUGACUUUGCACCCGCUUUGAUUUGCCACAACGCCUUAAACUUGCAAAUAUGUGUUGAUGAUGUGGUUGUUGUUGUGACUCUUGUGUUCCGCUCCCUCCUGUCAGCUCUGUGACAUCAGAUAUGUAACUUCACUAACUGAUGCUCUCUUCUGGAAUUCCGUCCUACGUGAUACAUAUCGCAGACCGACACAAACCAUUAGUCACUUUAAACAUUAUUACAUCUCUCCUCACUCACUGUGACCUGCUUCCACCUAAGCAGAUAAAAGCAAAGGAGGAGAGGAAUCCUAAAAGCAGCUGGGAGAAGUCGGCUGCUUGUGUGUCUGCGAUGGCUGGCGGAAGGAGAGGGGCGAACCGCACCACGUACUGCAGACCGCCCCUGAGCAACGAACCGGGCUCGGUCAGCAACGGCAACCACUCCACCAGCUCCCCGGUCACAGGGGUGCGAUCCCGCGCCAGGAACGGCUCGGGGACGUGCAUGUCCAAUCCCCCUCUGGCCGCGCAGACGGUUGUUCCCCUGAAGCACUGUAAGAUCCCCGAGCUGUCCGUGGAUCGCAACGUGCUGUUCGAGCUCCAUCUUUUCUUCUGCCACCUCAUCGCCCUCUUUGUCCAUUACGUCAACAUCUACAAGACCGUGUGGUGGUACCCCCCAUCACAUCCUCCCUCGCACACUUCCCUGAACUUUCACCUCAUCGAUUAUAACAUGCUGGUGUUCAUAAUCAUCGUACUGGCGAGGAGGUUAAUUGCAGCGAUUGUCAAAGAGGCGUCACAGAGUGGGAAGCUGUCCUUCCCUCAUUCCAUCUUCCUGGUGAUGGCGCGGUUCGCCGUGCUAACGCUGACGGGCUGGAGCCUUUGCCGCUCACUCAUUUACCUGUUCAGGACGUACUCCGUCCUCAGCCUGCUCUUCCUCUGCUACCCAUUCGGGAUGUACAUUCCAUUCUUCCGGCUGAGCUGCGACUUCCGGCGGGCAGGUCUGCUCUCCCCCGUCGCCAGCAUCGGCUCCAAGGAGGUGGGCAGCGCGGCUCGGGGCAAAGACUACUUGAGCGUGCUGAAGGAGACGUGGAAGCAGCACACCAGCCAGCUGUACGGCGUCCAGGCCAUGCCGACUCACGCCUGCUGCCUCUCCCCGGAUCUCAUCCGCAAGGAGGUGGAGUACCUGAAGAUGGACUUCAACUGGAGGAUGAAGGAGGUGCUGGUCAGCUCGAUGCUCAGCGCUUACUACGUGGCCUUUGUUCCCGUCUGGUUUGUCAAGAGUACACAGUAUGUAGACAAGCGCUGGUCUUGUGAGCUGUUCAUCCUGGUGUCCGUCAGUACGUCAGUCAUCCUCAUGAGGCACCUGUUGCCACCUCGGUACUGUGACCUGCUUCACAAGGCCGCAGCGCACCUGGGCUGCUGGCAGAAAGUAGACCCCUCGCUCUGCUCCAAUGUUCUUCAGCACAUAUGGACAGAAGAAUACAUGUGGCCACAGGGAGUCCUGGUCAAACAUAAUAAGAACGUCUAUAAGGCCAUGGGCCACUACAAUGUGGCCGUUCCGUCAGACGUGUCCCAUUAUCGCUUCUAUUUCUUUUUCAACAGGCCUUUACGGAUAUUGAACAUACUCAUCAUCCUGGAGGGUGCCAUGAUAUUCUACCAGCUCUACUCGUUGAUAUGUUCAGAAAAGUGGCAUCAGACGAUAUCGCUGGCCCUGAUCCUCUUCAGUAACUACUACGCCUUCUUCAAGCUGCUCAGAGACAGAAUAGUGCUAGGGAAGGCGUACUCGUACUCAAACAGCUCAUCGGACCACAAAGUCAGUUAGAUUUCAGUUGUCGUUCACAUUCACUUUGGAACAAAAAAAAAAACAUGCCUAAGAGCUGUGUAUUUUUUCUACAAACUGCAUUUUCUGUCACGUUUUUGUUCUGAUCUGCCAUAAUAAAAAAAGACAUAUUUUUGUAUUACUUUAAA